AGGAGAAGUUCUUCACGGCGAUGAACAAGGACGGCUCCUACCGUACCCGGGACCAACUCACUUCCAAAUGGAGCCACAUCAACCGUAAAGUCCGAAAGUUUAUCGGAGUUUACGAGGAAUGCGCUCGGUCCCGGAGGAGCGGGACGAACGACGUCGUGUUCUCCGGCUUGCCACGACCCGAUAUCAAGAUGACGGGCACCAAGGCAAGGUGCUCAUCGAUCUUUGGAGGAUUUUGAGCCGUUCCCCGAAGUGGCAACAACUCAACAAUUCCGACGGCAGAUCGUCAAAGAAAAGAUCCUCCGUUGACACUGAGGUUGAGGUCGACGAGACUAUCGGUUCGUCCGAUCAAAUGCCUCCCUUCAACGUUGCGGAUUCCGAUGACGAGGACCCCAUUCCACGGCCGAUCGGAAGAAAGAAGGCAAAAUCCAUUGCCUCGGGUUCGGGAGGGUCCGGCUCUGUUUCCGUUUCUUCUCACGACGAAAUCGGUCGGGCAAUGGUUGAACAACUUUGGGUGUUCAAUCUUCGAGAAGAAGAGAGGAUGAAGCUAAAGGAGAAGGAGAUGAAGCGAAAGGAGCAGGAGGACGAUAUCAAAAUCAUGGAAACCGACCUUUCUACGUUGUCGGGUUUCAAACGGAUGAUCUACGAGCAAAGACAAAGAAAGAUCAAGGCGAAAUAUAAUUUACCUUAGUUUUUUUAUUAAUGUAUCUUUUUUAUUAUUGUCGUUUCUUUAUUUUAAUGAAUAUAAUUUUUUAAAUUUUAAAUUAUUGUCGUUUCAAUUUCUUUAAAUUUAAUGAAUGUAUUUUUUUAUUAUUCGUGUUUUAAUAUAAUUAAAUAAUAAAUUAAUUUAAUUUUA